CAUUAAAGCUGGGUCCAGAAGCAUUCAAAUUUGAUGGUGGCGUCGAGGCGGUGGCAGUGCGGCAGAAUGAGAAGUAUUACAUCCUAAGACCAGAGGUGAUUGAGACCUACUGGUAUAUGUGGAGAUUCACCCAUGAUCCCAAGUACAGGCAGUGGGGCUGGGAGGCAACGCAGGCAAUUGACAAGUAUUGUCGAGUCAGUGGUGGCUUUUCUGGUGUCAAGGAUGUCUAUUCCUCAUCUCCUACAUAUGACGACGUACAGCAGAGCUUUUUCCUUGCUGAAACUUUGAAGUAUUUGUAUCUGCUUUUCUCCAAUGAUGACCUUCUACCAUUAGACAACUGGGUUUUUAACACAGAAGCUCAUCCUCUGCCUGUUUUACAUUUAGCCAACACCACACUGUCAGGAAAUCCUGCAUAUCGAUAAAAACAGCUCCGUGAAGAGGAAGAGAGACUGUUUUCAGCUCUGUUUUGUUUACAUGGACCACUUGAGACUGUAAGCAGGAGAGGAGACAGACACUUCAUAAAACUAGACCUCUGAGUCAAGCAAGUACUGGCGUGAGAAACGAAGCUCUUCAACAUAUAGAUAAGUUAAAAGUUCUGUUUUAUACAUGACCAAAACACGUUAGUGUGGUAUUUGCAGGACAGAGACUUCGCACACUUUGAACCCUAGCAAGACAUGGAAUCUACUGUUUAAUGCAGCAGCAUAAGGAAGAAGAGGCUUUCCCGUCCAGGGAGAGGAACUUGCCAUUGCUGCUGUUGGCUGUUGCAAGGAACAACACACCAGUCACCUCUUCAGAGCGCGUGGGUUCCAAAUACCUAGAUUUUAUUUUUAUUUUUUUGUGUUUGAUGAUGGCAUGAACAAAGCAACAACAAAAAGCAACAUCACUGCACCAGCAGCAUCAGGAUUUGAAUUUUUUUCUGUACCUG